AUGGAGAAAUACGAUGGAUCAACCGACCCAGAUGAGCAUCUACGAUCGUUUGUAGGUGCAAUGACUGUCUAUUCUACUGACAAUCUGGUGUGGUGUAGAGUUUUCUCUUUGUCAUUAAAGGGAGAGGCCUUGGCUUGGUUCCAUUCUUUGGAACACAAGACAAUAGAUGGGUUUGGAACGCUGCGUAAUUUGUUUAGGCAACAAUACGCGUCCAUCAUGGCCCAAGAGCUGACGUAUUUGGCGUUACUAAAGAUAAGGCAAGAAGCGGGAUCCUUUGCUGAUAGUCUGUAUGCUGAAUCGUCGCUGACAAUGGGGGAAUUACAAAAUAGAGCGACCAAAUUCAUAUGCAUUGAAGAAAUGUGGGCCUUUCAGAAAAGCCAAAGGGAAGAAGCAGCGCAGGUGGGAAACCCUAAUCAUGAACGGAAAGAAGGGAAGAGAUUGCUACCAACACCUCCAAAUGCUGAUGGGGGAAAGUAUUAUUGUUAUCAUCAGAAUCUCGGCCAUAGCACAGAAGAUUGUGUUGCUUUUAAUGACAAGAUUGAGGAACUGAUAAGGACAGGGUAUCUUAAGAAAUAUGUUCGUUAG